AUGCCGCAGGGCCCUGGGGCCCUGAUGCAGGUGUGGGUGGGCAGCCAGCUCUUCCAGGCCGACCGGGCCCUGCUGGUGGAGCACUGCGGCUUCUUCCGCGGCCUCUUCCGCUCGGGCAUGAGGGAGGCGCGCGCGGCCGAGGUGCGCCUGGGCGCUCUGAGCCCGGACGGCUUCUGCACCAUGCUGCGGGUGCUGCACGGCGAAAGGCCGGAGCUGGCGGCCCCCGACGAGCUACUGCAAGCCGUGGAGUGCGCCGCUUUCCUGCAGACGCCGGCGCUGGCACGCUUUCUGGAGCACAGCCUCACGUCGGACAACUGCGCGCUGCUGUGCGACGCUGCCGCCGCCUUCGGCCUGCACGACGUCUUCCACAGCGCCGCGCUCUUCAUCCGCGACGGCGCCAGCGAGCAAGCGGCCGAGCUGGCGCUACCCGAGGCUCGCGCCUACGUGGCGGCGCUGCGACCCAGCAGCUACGUGGCCGUCAGCACUCACGCGCCGGCGCCCGGCUUCUUGGAGGACGCAUCGCGCACCGUGUGCUACCUGGACGAAGAAGAGGACGCGUGGCGCACGCUGGCCGCGCUGCCCCUGGAGGCCAGCACGCUGCUGGCCGGCGUGGCUACGCUGGGCAACAAGCUCUACAUCGUGGGGGGCGUGCGGGGCCCCAACAAGGAAGUGGUGGAACUGGGCUUCUGCUACGACCCCGACGGCGGCACGUGGCGCGAGUUCCCCAGCCCCCACCAGCCGCGCUACGACACGGCGCUGGCCGGCUUUGACGGCCACCUUUAUGCCAUCGGGGGCGAAUUCCAGAGGAUGGCCAUGAGCUCCGUGGAGCGCUACGACCCGGCCACGGGCUGCUGGAGCUUCGUGGCCAACCUGCCGCAGCCAGCUGCCGGCGUGCCCUGCGCCCAAGCCCGCGGCCGCCUCUUCGUGUGUCUGUGGCGGCCAGCCGACACCACGACUGUGGUGGAGUACACGGUGACGGCAGACGCGUGGCUGCCCAUAGCCGAGCUGCGGCGCCCUCAGAGCUAUGGCCACUGCAUGGUGGCCCACCGCGAUAGUCUCUACGUGGUGCGCAACGGACCUAAGGAUGACUUCCUGCACUGUGCCAUCGACUGCCUCAACCUGGCCACGGGCCAGUGGACAGCGCUGCCCGGCCAGUUCGUCAACAGCAAGGGCGCGCUUUUCACGGCCGUGGUGCGCGGCGACACCGUCUAUACGGUCAACCGCAUGUUUACGCUGCUCUAUGCCAUUGAGGGUGGUACCUGGCGGCUGCUCAGGGAGAAGGCCGGCUUCCCACGGCCCGGCUCCUUGCAGACCGUUCUCCUCAGGCUGCCUCCCGGUGCCCGGGGGCAGGUGGCGUCCACGACGCCAGAACUGUGACCCCUGGGCUGGGCUUUAGGAGGGGAUGCCCAGAGUCUUCUCUGAGCCAUGGCUGAGUCUAUUAGACUGGCCUUAGGAGCUGCUGGGAACUUCUCUCUCCCUGCCCCAGGUGAGACAUCGGGGGCCUUGUGCCUUCUGCUUCUGGUGGUGUGAACACGUCCAAGGAUCUCAGGAAGCAACGACUCUGGCAUCUCAACCCUAAAAUUACUUGGGCUGUCUUGAGAGCUUGUGGGUCACAAUGUCAAUGGAAGGGAUGGGGGGUAGGAUUUCAAUAAUCCAGGCUUGUGUAUGAAUGGGCCAGUA